AUGAUGUCUUCUGGAGUAAUAAAACUAGAAAAUAACAACACUAAUAAUGAUUCAAAUUCAAAUGAUUCAAUAACAAAUAAUAAUAAUAAUAAUAAUAAUAACACCAAUGAUAAAAAAUUAAAGAAAAGAAAAUAUUCAAGUUUUGGUUGUAGAGAAUGUAAAAGAAGAAAAAUUAAAUGUGAUGAAGCUAAACCAGAAUGUUGGCAAUGUACAAGAUUAAAAAAACAAUGUUCAUAUCCUGAAAUUGGUGAAAAAGUAUUAAGAGUUUCAAAGAAGAAACAAAAAUUACAAGAAUUACAAGGUCAAGGGCAAGUACCACCAGCACAUGUACAACUACUACAUCCACAUCAGCCAAAUCUACUUCCGAUAACUAAUAAUCAACAACAACAAUCACAUCAAUACAAUUUACAACAAUCAAAUCAAAUAGAACCGAGACUUUAUAAUGAAAGGCAACCAAAUGAUCUAAAUAAUCAUCAACAACAACUACAAACUCAGCCACUUUCAUCAUCACAACAACCAUAUGAUCAAUCAUUAAUUUAUAGAGCAGGAAUUACUAAUAUAGCAUAUUCAAAUCAACCAAUACUACCUAAUCCAUAUCAAAAUAGAUCAAAUCAAUAUCAACCUUUUCAACAUCAUUUAUUAAAUCCAUCUGAUCAACAACAACAACAACAACCAUUACCACAACAACAGCCACCACAACAAGUUAAUCUACCACCUCCAAAUAUUCCAAAUGCUUUAUUAUACAAAAAAGGAACACCUAAAGUUUCAUCAAACUUAAGCAAUUUAUUAAAUAAUAAUCAAGAUGGUGGUUGUUGUAAUAAUAACAAUUGUCAUAAUGAUAAUAUGAAUAAUACAAAUAAUAAUGAAAACAAUCAAAGUCCAACUAAUACAGUCACCACCACCACCACAACUACAAAUUCAAUAUCUCCACCUUUUUCAAAUGAUGAUUUAAUUGAAGUUUAUGAAGUAAGCGACCUAAAUUUAUUAGCAAAUGAUUUACAUAAUAUGGUUAAUGGAAUAUUAUAUAAUAUGACUGAUUCAGCAAAAGCCAAAAGUUCAGAAACUCAAUUAAAACCUCCAUUACAAAAUGAUAUAGACACCACCAAAAAAAAAUUACCCAUAGAUUUUAUUCAAUUAGAAGAUCCCAAGAAUCAAAUUUAUAUGAUUGAAUUUUAUAAUAAUUUUUCAAAUAUUGUUUUGCCCUUUGGAUCUUAUGAUAAAGAAACAAAAGAAUUAUAUAAUCCUGCAAGAGAUAUUUUAUUAACAAGUGCGUCUCAUACAAAUUAUGUAUUAGCUGCUUUAUUAGCAAAUGGUGCAUGGUCCAAAUAUAAUUUUACGAAAAAUCCAGAAGAUGAAGAAUAUUAUUAUUUAUAUUUAAAUGAUUGUUUAAAAAUGUUAAGUCCUGCUAUAGCAGAUGAUAGUAAAUUAAGUUCAAAUAUUGAAAGUAUAUUAUUAACUGUAUUAUUAUUAACUGCAGCAAAUGCAGCAAAUCCAAAACAAGAUUGGAGACCUCAUUUAAGAGGUGCAAAAGAUUUAUUAAUGAAAAGUUCUCAUAAAAAAUUAAAAUAUUCAAAAACUUUUGUAUUUUGUAAAUGUUGGUUUGUAACUUUAGAAAUCUUGGCAAGUGUUAGUUCCAAAAAAGGUGGGACAUUACAUACAGAUGAAGAUUUUGAUGAAAUUAUUGAUUUAAGUAGUAAUUAUGAAAAAAAAAUUUUAAAAGAUUUGGGAUUAGUAUUAGAAAAUGGAUUUAAUAUAAUGGGAGGAUAUAAACAUGAAUUAUAUUGUUUAUUUAGAGAUUUAAUGAAAAUUUUAAAUAAAAUUAGAAAUCAAUCUUUUAAUCCUAAGGAGUCAUUAGAAUAUAUUGAUUUAUUUAAUAAAUUUUAUAACCAAUUAAACUAUUAUGAUAAUGAUAAAAAUUUAAUACCAGUAAGUUAUGAAAAUAUUGAAUGGUUAAAAAUUUCACAUAAAUCUUAUGUUUAUGCAGCAUUAAUAACUAUUUUGUUAACAUGUUUUGAAGAAAAUUAUCAAUCACCACAAAUUCAAUCAUUAACAAAUGAAAUUAUAAAAUUAAUUAAAUUUGUUAAUGAUUAUGAACCAACUAAUACAACAAAAAAUAAAGAAAUUAUGUUUUUACAAUGGCCAGUAUUAGUUGCUGGUACGAAUCUUAUGAAUAAAGAUGAUAGAGAACUUAUUAUAAAAUUUUUUAAUUUAUCUUCAAAAGUUGGUUCAGGAGGUGCAUUAUUAGUAUUAAAAAGAAUUGAAAAAAUUUGGUUAAAAAGAGAUGGUAAAACUUUAGAUUCAGAUGGUUAUGAAUCAGAAGAUUUAGUAAGUUAUUAA